AAUAACAAAGGUUAUUUAGUGUACAAGAUGUCACUUUGAGAUUCAGGAAAUUAUGAUUGAGACUUUUUAGUAUCUGCAACACCUGCAGACCAAAAAAUUACUAAUUGAUUGAGAAAAUACUCAACAGAUUAAGUAAAAUGAAAGUAGUUGUAACUGCUGAUUAUGAUCUCAAAAAUUGUGGAAAGUUUGCGAACAUUUGCAUUGUGAUUUGUUUUAUGUUUCACAUCCCUUUUUUAAAUAAAAUGUUUUAACAGAUAUCGCAUCUGUUGGACUUGAAGACAGCGAGGUCAUGGAUUAGAUCUCACCCCAGCUGUAUUUGAUUGAUUUAUCUGUCUGAUUGUUGACAGUGAGAGUGACUAUCAGGGCUUAAGCAUGAUCCUCUAGCAGCCAGCACCAUUGGGGUGCUGUAUCAGUAAGCUAAGCGUCCCGGUGAUCCUUUUUGUGGCAGUCGGGAGCUGUUGAUCUGUUGCGAGGUGUAAGAUCUUGGCACCGGGUCUGGAGCUGCUCGGGACAGCUGUUCUGUUCUGUUCCCCACGCUGAGAGGGCGGUCCUGGUGGUGGGAGAGUGCCAUGCAGCCAGAUGUUGAAGAUCAACAGUAGGAGGGCUCUGAUCUGGCCUGUCACCUGUCUCUCUCUGUCUCUCUCUUGCUGCUAGCUUGGCACUUCAAUAAUUAGAAGACUGGCUGGCUGUCCCUGGACUUACGUGCGGCCUCUAUCUCCAGUGUGGGGUGGUGUGAUCGAAGGUUGAACAAAUUCUACUGCAAGCUUUGCAAACAAAAGAUAUUGUGGGACAGGGUUACAUAAGACCAGAUGCACCCACCAUGCACAUAAUUGUCAGAAUUGUGUGGCUUCUCAGUUAACAAAAUCUACACUGAAGGGCCGUGUUGAAGGCUCAAAAAUAAAACUGAUCUUGUGAUUUAUGAAAACAGAAUAGCAAUUAGCACGUUUUGAAGAUAUUACACCGUUCAGGGUCAUGCAGCGACUUGUGUGACCUAGAAGUCAGUGUCCGCAGUCCACGUGAAGUGGAAUCAGCUGUGUGGUUGAAAAAGCACUUCUUGAGUGGACGAGUCAAGAGUAGCGGUAAUGGAUUGGAUUGAGGGGAUGUAACAACAAGUGAACCUCUCUUUUGGAUUGAUGCCGUUGUGCAGCUGAAAGCCUCUGUGCUCAGUUAUAGACUGUCUCUGAAAUCACUCAAUAUUUACUAUAGUCCAUUAUAUUUACUGUUAGCCAUUUAUGUGGGUGUCUGAAUUGAUUGAAAUGUUUUUUUUAAUGCAGUAUUGGUCCUCAACAAUACCAUGAAAGUAAUGUGCAUGAUGUGUUCAGUACUAACAGACCCACAAUGCAGUCCAUCUAUUACUGGUGUAAAAUGUGUGAAAUCUCUAUUUCACACCUUUUUAGUAUAGGGUUUACUAUAGAGUGUCUAUAAUGUAGGGUGUAAGGAAAGAGGAAGUAAUUUUGCACAAAGUACUAGAAAAAGGAAAUAUUGCAUGUUUUCUAAAGGAGAGUUUUGUAUUAGUUAAAAUGUUCUGUUCCUAUUACAGGUUAGGAUAAUGGAUGACUGACUAAGUCCGAGCAGUAAGCACACUCUGUCAGAGUAAUCAAGUGUAAUUGCUGCUUUUAGUGAGCUAUUUGUCUCUUCAUUUGAGAUGCAUUGGUAAGGCUGCUGCCGGUUUCUCCACCUGAAGAUUUACAUUCAUGCUCCAUCUCAGCGUGACAGGGCUGUGAACAGAGUUUAUUUGGUUUUGAUAUGUAAGCAUUUGGUUCACACUAGCUUUACUUUAGCAACGUCAUCCAUAAUCGCCAGGGACGCUGGGUGUGAUUAUGGAGCUAAUGGGGCGGACCUUGUCAUCAGAUGCUGUCCGUCUGUUAACAUGCGGCCCCGUUCAGAGGCUGAUUGAACAUGUCUGUCUUCAUCAAGGGAAAUGCAGCAAUGAAAUCAGGCCAUAUUGAGCUGAAUUGGAACUAAUGCCAGUAGGAAAAUAUCUUAACUCCCCAUCAGAACCACAAUGUGCUGAUUAUGGUCGACCACUUGGUAUGGAAAUCAAAUAACGAGAGUGCGCCUGUUUUCAGCCUGAAGCGACAUCCAUCCUUGAUCAUAAUUUGUUGGUUUUUUUUGCGUGUUUUUUGUUCAAAUCGGAGCACUUCCUGCUUCUGUUUUCUGUGGCUAGUUUUGAAGAGUCGCACCUUUUGAGCCUGUCAGGAGCAGAGAUAAUAGAUGGAGGUUAAAGAGAGGCUACGUGUUCUUCUUGACAGCUGUCGAAGAUAUUACAAAGGCAUUAGAGGCGUUCUGUGUCUUGUUGAAUCAGCUUAUGAGGCCCUUUGGUUUCCUGAAAGAAAAGACAACUCGUGAUUUUCUUUUUUUCUUUUUUUUUUUGAGGGAAUCACUAGCAAACAGCUGUUUCACUUAAACGAUUUUCCUCUUUUUGCAGAAGCAUUACGUGUGUUCAUGUGAACUUUGGCCCUCCUUUUUUUAGAUCCACAAUAAAGCAUGACAACAGUGGUGUGUUGUCAGUUUCCAAAACAGCCAGAGGGGCAAAAGAGCAACUUUUUAGUCCGUUACUCACAACAGGAAGAGACUCAGUCAGCCUUAUGUGUAACAUUGACCUAAAAAAAAAAAGGAUUUGCUUGAUUAGUAUUUUAAUUAAAAUAACAUUGCGGUAGGUUAAUUGACAUUACAAGCUCUAAAUGACACUGAUAAAUAAAAACUACUAUAAGUAUACAUUGAUAUCAUGCAUUUUUAAUAACGUAGCAGGAUUAUAAGUUGCAAGAUUUGUUUCCUCGUCAGCAGGGUUGACGAAACUCAACAUCAUGUGACAUGUGUUGCUGCCGUGACCCCUGUUGGUAGGAAGAGUAACGUCCAAACACACAACGCUGAGCUUUCAAAAAAUCAUGUGUAUUACCAGGCAAAUUGUCCCGGCUGUCUAUUACGGGCACGGCAAAGGUGUUGCUGGCAUACUUGCGCGGUCAGAGCUCACCAACAGGACGGGACACAUGGUCCAGAUAAAUCACCAGUUUUUAUGGGCGGCGCAGCAUGCAACUGUCGCAGCUCUGGCUCUAAAUGACUUGUCAGCUGCUGCAGGGCGUCUUGGAGCGUGAUGAGCCGCCACAUCAUGGAGGCAUGUUUGUGGAGGGGGCUCAGCAAAAGAUUUCAUCAUCACUACUGUCACUACUGGAGCAACGGAAACGGCAGCAAGAUGAAUGGGUCGCUGGAACACCUGGACCAGCCAGACCCAGACUCCAUCAAAAUGUUUGUGGGACAGGUCCCGCGUGCCUGGUCAGAAACAGAACUCAAAGAGCUUUUUGAGCCUUUCGGAGCCGUGCAUCAGAUCAACAUCCUCCGCGAUCGCACCCAGAAUCCCCCUCAGAGCAAAGGAUGCUGUUUUGUAACUUUUUAUACAAGAAAAGCUGCACUGGAGGCCCAGAAUGCACUGCACAACAUAAAGACCUUAAGUGGGAUGCAUCAUCCUAUCCAGAUGAAACCCGCUGACAGUGAGAAAACAAGUGCGGUAGAAGACAGAAAACUCUUCAUCGGUAUGGUCUCAAAGAAAUACGGCGAGAAUGAGGUCAGAAUGAUGUUCUCGUCUUUCGGACAGAUCGAAGAAUGCCGAAUUCUCCGGGGGCCAGAUGGUCAGAGCAGAGGCUGUGCGUUUGUCACAUUUGCUACCAGGGCAAUGGCACAGAAUGCAAUCAAAACCAUGCAUCACUCUCAGACUAUGGAGGGCUGUUCCUCACCUUUAGUGGCGAAGUUUGCUGACACACAGAGAGAUAAGGAGCAGCGGCGCCUGCAGCAGCAGCUAGUACAGCAGAUUCAGCAGCUCAACAGCGCCUCUACCUGGGGAAACCUGGCCGGCCUGGGGACCCUCACACCACAGUACCUGGCUUUGCUCCAGCAGGCGACAUCCACCAGUAACCAGAGCAGUUUCAAUGGUAUUCAGAGGCUAGGAGGUGUGAAUCCUCUCCAGCUGCAGAACCUGGCCACGUUAGCCGCCGCCGCUGCCGCAGCCCAGAGUUCUGCCAGCCCGACCUCCGCCCUGUCUGCAAACAGCGGAGCCCUGGGGGCUCUGGGAAGUCCAGCCGGUUCAACAGCAGGGUCCAGUGCCAUGAGCACUUUGGCAUCUCUGGGCACCCUGCAGGGUCUCACUGCGAACUCGAUGGGCCUCAACAGCCUCAACGCUCUCACCAGCAGCGUCAGUGGUAUGGGGGCCAUGAAUGGAGGUCUUGGAGCCUCCAUGGCUAAUGGGUCAGCAGCCAGUUCCAUGGACGCUCUGACCCAGGCCUACUCAGGGAUGCAGCAGUACACAGCCUCCGCCCUGCCCUCCCUCUAUGGUCAGUCUCUCCUGCAGCAGAGCAUGGCAGGCAGCCAGAAGGAAGUAGGGCCAGAGGGGGCCAACCUGUUCAUCUACCACCUGCCCCAGGAGUUUGGGGACCAGGAUCUUCUGCAGAUGUUCAUGCCUUUUGGAAACGUGGUCUCUGCCAAAGUCUUCAUCGACAAACAGACCAAUCUGAGCAAGUGCUUUGGGUUCGUCAGCUAUGACAAUCCUGUGUCUGCGCAAGCUGCCAUCCAGGCCAUGAACGGUUUCCAGAUCGGAAUGAAGAGGCUGAAGGUUCAGCUUAAGCGCUCCAAGAACGACAGCAAACCCUACUGAUCCUAGCCCCGGGGCCUCCCCCCCUCCCCAGCUCUAAUGCUAGCACUGCUAGGAACAAAUCUCCAUGCCUGUUUGCUCAUCAUUAGCCUAGCAUGUCUUCAUGAUGUUGAAAGCCAAGCCAAACUCCUGGCCUCAUCAUCCCACCAUUGUCUGUGAUGUCUCUCUAAGCUCGCCUGACCAAUACCUGGCCACCCACUGACCCUUGACCUUAGCUCAACCUGAUUUUUCUGCAUGUACGUUCAUUUGUUGUUUUUUUUUUUGUUCUUUCUGUAUAGAAAUGUGACAGGUGGGAGAGAGGUCAAGCAAAUUAAUGUGAAAACGUACCUACGUUGAAUUCAUUUAAGAGACCUUUUUUUUGGUUGUUUUUUGCAAUUGUUUUUUCUCCUUGCGAAUGUUUUAAAAAAACCUGUGGGAUUUCUUAUUUUAAAUUUUUUGCUCUUUUUUUCAUGUUGCUUUCUUUUUACCUCUCUCAGUAAAGUUCACUUGAAAGUUGAAUACAGGGAUCGGCACACAGCUGUGCUAUUUGGUGCCAUUAGCAAUAUGUUGGCUUCUUAAAAAAAAAAAAAAAACAUGCUUACAGACCACUUUCCAACACUUUUGAAAGUCUGACCAGUAAAACCCCUCAGUGUUCUGUAAUGAUCUCUACAUUUUGCAGGCAGUGUGAAGAUUUUCACCUAGGCUAUUUAAAACUUUUUUGUUGUGUUCAUUUACAAAAAUAUCCAGUGUAUUUACCUUUUUUUGAACUAUUGAUGGCACAAUAAAAGGUACAUUUGCUCUGUUUAGAGAAAUGACUACCUACAUGAGUCAACUUUUUUAGAACUGAUUCACAAAUAGACAAUCUGUGGUUUAAAUGCACACUUAGAUUACCUAUAUUUUAUACCAUUGAAUCUAUAGAAGUUUAACUAACAGAACCCAGGCAAAACUUUGGGUUUUUUGUAGAUUAUGUUGUAAUGUCAUCUGUGUCGGGGGGGGUCUUCAGUGUAUUGCAUUUUUAAAGAGGACUAAAAAUCAGUUUGAUCAGUGUGACCUUUUGAGGGUCAUUUCUUGAAAAUUGAAAACACACUUUAAGUCAAAUUUCUCUACAUUAAUUGUGAUUUCAAGUUCUGGGGGGGAAAAAAUACUAUCAAAAUUCUUUUUUCUUUUUUUUUUUUUAAGGGUCACAUUUUGAGUAUGUAGGCAAUUUUUUUUUCCUAUGUUAAAGAUAAAAAGUUAAAUUUAAUGUUUAACUUCCAUGGUACGUCUUGUUGAAUUUCUGUGAAUUUCUCAUUAAUAAUUUAAUUAAUGGAUGUUUCACUUUUGUUUGGUUUGGAUGCCUCAUGUUAAAAGUUAAUUAUUUACAAUGUCUGUUAAUCAUACAGAUGCCAGACAAUGUCUUCUUUUGUUUUAUUGUUAAAGUGCCCAUGUGUCAAACUCAGUGUUUUGGAUUUACACAGCAUUCUUUCCUGUAAUAUUACCUACUUUUAUGUACACACACACACACACACACACACACACACACACACACACACACACACACACACAGCGACACACAACACUUUUCUGUGGUUGCAAAUAAUGUGGGAGCCCCUGAAGAAGAGAUCACUUGGACACAACACACAAUCCGUGGGUCUCUGCACAUUUUAUAUACGCUCACACACAACGCUUCUUUUUUCUUUCUUUUUUUUGCUAAUUAUUCUUUUAAGUGACUUCCUGUCGCACACGAUGCACAGCACAUUACUACUAUUAAAUCCACCACAAUAGUGUUGGUUUACAAAUACAUUCCAUUUUUUCAGCACAAAGUUUACACUUUUUUUAUCAGGGUGGUAUUUUGUCUAUUGUACUUCGAGUUGUUGAGACAGCCCUGGUAAAAUAACCACUUCACCAACCCCCCUCUCACCUCCCCCCAAAGAAGGGUUCCCGUAAAACCGCGUACCUGAUGGCGCUAUUGAGUUGUCGACUCAGGGUUUUUUUUUUUGUGUGUGAGAAUCUAGAUCACACGAGAUUACAACACAAAAAAAUGCACAAUUUUCACCAUUUGACCUUUUUCAGUUUGGAUUUUUUUUCUUCCUUUUUCUUUCAAAAUGCAUUAAUAUAUAUCCCAAAAAAAAGACAGAACGCUACCAAAUUUGAAACAGCGCUGGAAGAAGUGUUGUAGUUUUUUUUUUUUUGUAAGGAAAACGUUAAGCACAAUUGUGGGAGCUAAUCACUUUUGCAGAAUGUUGUGUGUGUGAUUAUAUUCCAGGAUUUUCAAGGUUCCACCAGUUUCACUUUUUAAUAUGGGCAUGUGCUUUUUACAGUGUGUUUUUUCUAUCCAAAUGCAAUACAAUAUUCAAAGUGCCAUAUACGUCUAGAAACUGCCUACACAUCCUUAUUAGGCCUUGGUUAGAGAUUGCUGCAGUUCGCCUUUUUUGUCUAUUUACGCCAGUGUCAUGAUAAAGCUCUUUGUCACCUGCUCAUGUCCCUUCCCUUCUCCUACCCCCCCUCCCCUCCCCUCACCCCAUCCUCUACCUACUCUGUGUGUUGAGUUAUUGGUAAAUGUGUAUUGUGAUGUACUCAAUUUGAACAGUUGGUUUAAAAAAAAUGUAGAUAAAACAAUAAACUUCCCUAUACAUUUGAAGGUUAAACCUCUUUCUUAGUGAGUGUGAACACAUGUACUGUAACACUUUGUGAUAGGAACCACAAUGUGCAGGACAAACGAUCGAUCUGGUGUUUUUAGGGAAUCUGUAUUCAGUUUAAUAAAGUCGAGAACAAGCUAAAACUUUAGUUAAAAAACAAAACAAAAAAAAGGCGACUCGGGUGCCAUUAAGUGAUAAAACUGUGUCAAACACUGAAAUGAUUGCAGGUCUGUGGUGAAGUGUUACUGUGAAUGAAUAAAAUAAAAAAGCACAAUGUACAACCCACAGCGGUCCCAAUAGAAACUUGACUCACUUCAGGGGCUUCCAUCACAAAUCCCAUUCAGCUCUAACAAUCACCUUCUCUCUUCUGUUGUUUUUUCAUAUUCUGAAGUGCUAUUUUAUUUUUUUGACAGUGUGGUUAGCUUUGCAUCUCUAGAUAUUGUCUUGAACUAAAAGAAAAGAAGAAAAAAAUAAUCUUUUCCUGUGUUAUUUUCUUGUCUGAUAAUCGGUAGGACUUUGUUCAUGUUCCACCAAUAAUUUAAUAGAUGUUUUGUCUUGUCUUGAUGAAAGCCAAAGUGGGUGCAUCUUGAUGUGAUCUGUAUACAUACAGUAGUUUUUCUGUUCAGUCAGUAUCAAUUUUUUGAAACUGGGUGGGAUUUGAACAAGUAAAAAAGAAAAAAAAAAGACAUACACAGGCUUUCCAAUUUCUACAACUGGUUGUUCAUAUGUAUUUUGUACCAGUGAAGCUUUUUAUAUUGGAAAUUAAAGGAAAAAAAUCUAUAUUGGAAAAAAAAUUGUCUGGCCUCUCAAUGUGGCCUCCCCUUGACCAGGUCUUGAGUUUGGCCUCUUGGUGGUGUCAAGCAAUUUUUUUUUUUCUUUUUAAGUUUUGUCUCUAAAAGAUGCCAGAUUUUGACUUUACGUGGAUAUCUACGUGUUCCUCACUUCGUUAAUCAGUUUCAGUUUCGGGGGGGUUGGGAUCCUCUAAUCGUGGUAAGUUUCAUGUUAGUAUUUGUGCUGUCCACAUAGUUUAAUGGUCAUCAGGAUUUCAACAACUUGUGUGGAAAAUUGUCUUAGUUGAAGAGUUAACUAUCUGUUUAGUUUGAGCCUUGCUUUUUACCUGUGUAGAGUUUUCUGUUUUUUCCCAUUGCGAAGUGUGUAGCCGAAAGACUCUGUGUUCUUUUUUGGUCAAUGUUUGUUCAUGUGUGGUGUGUUUCUUUGCCUCUGUCUCCAAAUUAAACCAUUUCCCCUAAUCUGAA